AUGCUCGUUCAAGAAUCUACUCACGAUGUCCCCACUGCGGCUGAUGGGCAGGGCUCGAUGCGCAUCUAUGUCUUCCACCCCACAAUCCCAGGCUACCCCAAAGCACGGUUCCCGGGCGUUGUCGUCUUCAGCGAGAUCUACCAAGUAACGGGCCCCGUUGCUCGCUUUGCGCGACAAAUUGCAGGCCAAGGCUACAUCUGCGCGGCCCCAUCUAGCUACCACGAGUUCACAGGCCCAGAGCCCUUGAAGUACGACGCCGAGGAUACGGACAAUGGCAACAAGUGGAAGAUCACCAAGAAACUGGCCGCUUACGACGAAGACGCCCGCCUCUGCGUCGACUACCUACUCUCCCUCGACACCUGCAAUGGCCGCGUCGGUGCGACAGGCAUGUGUCUCGGCGGCCAUCUUGCGUACCGCUGUGCACUAGACGACCGCGUCAAGGCGGCGGUGUGCUACUUUGCGACGGACAUUCACAGCAAGACCCUAGCCCAAGGCAAGAACGACGAUAGUCUGCAGCGGGCCGGCGAUAUCAAGGGCGAGCUGUUGAUGAUCUUUGGCAAAAACGAUACCCACGUCCCACCCGAAGGCCGCGAUUUGAUUCGCAAGACCCUACAUGAUCAAGGGGUUCUAUUCAGUUUCUAUGAAGUUGCUUGGGCACAACAUGCUUUUAUCCGCGAUGAACUCAGCAAGGGCCGGUAUGAUCCGGCGCUCACCAAGUCCUGCUUUGAGAUGUUGUUGGAGCUGUUUGGGCGUACGUUGAAGUUGGAUUUGGGGGAGCAUGAUGGGAAGAAGUUAGUUGUUGAGGAUGUCUGCUAG